AUGACAUGUCUUCUGGUUGGGUUACUGGAUCACCUUCCUGAGGUUCCCUUGUUAAAAAUUUCAAUGGAACUUUUCCCACAGGACGUAGGUUCUUUCAUCGAAUCAGGAUUAGCCUGGCAUGACUCAGAUUCUCCAAUGGCCCAGAAGAUUCAUAGUCCAACAGUUCCAUUAGUUCCUCUUUCUCCACUGCAAAUCAAUUCAUCCUUCCUACAGCUCCAUCCUUUCCACCCUCUCCAUGUCACCUUCAUUGAUUUUGACGAUUGCAUCCAGGACCCAUGUUUUGGAAUGAAUAAUUGUCUAUGCAACUAA